AGGUUCUGGGCUGCAGGAUAGGUAAAACUGACUUUAUUCUCGCCUACAAAUGAAGAAGUGGGGUCGGUUACUUUCAACGGUGUCGAUACGACCAGUACGUCAUGGUUCUCAAGGGAUAAGAUUGAAAGUUCACCGUGGAACGACAUUAAAACCGCUCCCUCUAACAUGUUUUCUUUACCAGGAAAACAUUCGAGAAGGUUCUAUAUGAGUAGCUCCCACAACGGUUGUGAUGGAGACAGCGGAUGGUUUACUGUUGAGGAAGGUACGCAAUGUUCUAGCUGGCAAGGCUACAGUAGCGACCCAAGAAUAAUUUACAGUAAAGCAGCGUCACAACAGAGUUGGUUUUUAGGAGAUAUUGGGUCAGCCAGAGCAAUGGUUAUUGAUGUCAAAAUUGGAUAACGAAGCAGAAUGGAAGAAUUAAUGAUGUCAUCAAUCAUAUACCACGCCUUUAUAAGCCACUUUGUGGUUUGAACUGUACAUGCUUGUACCAAGUUCAAUCGACAUAAACAAACAUACGCACAAGUUGGUUUAUAGUCUUGUUCACAUGUCUCCAUCGAUCGCGAGCGGUUGAGAUGCUGGGUCGUGAGCGAGAUCGUGUUAGAUAAAAAAAAUGGCCAAACUGCGUUUCGCUACCGCUUUCGAGGCGACCGGAAAUAGAUUUACGUCACAUCCCCAAUUGGUUGUCGACAUGCUAGGCCCGCGAUUUCUGAUCCUAGGCCUGGGUGAAGGUGGCAUCGACGAUCCUCCAACGGUCUCACAUGAAGGCCCGGCUCGCGAGCCGAUCGUUCGCUUGCGAGCGACCCAAGACAUGUGAACGCGGUAUAUGUCGAUUGACCUUGGAUAAGGGCAUGCGCAGUUCAAACCACGAACUGGCUUAUUACUGCUACAUUUUGAAUAAUGUUUUGGUCUACUCAUCCUGCCUAGAACGUAUAGUUAAGUCUAUUAUGGUACAAUUAUUUAAUACACUCUUUUAUUUUAUAAGAACACAUUUUAUAAAAGACUGACGCUGAAAUUUCUAGAAAAAAAAAAUUAAGAACAAAAUAAGAUCGAAUUGAGGCUGAGGAAAAAUGUCAAACGAGGUUUUUAUUAUUUUUUUUUUAGCUAUAAAAAACAACUAAUAUUAUCUGUACCUUAAUGUGCAGUAGGUGUGGCUAUGCUGCUGCACUAUAAUAAUUUGCUGUUUGAAAAGUGUGUAAAAAUAAGAAUAUUUUGAGCCUGAAAUCGACCAAGAAACAAAAACACUGAGUCUUGGCAAAAUGUUACUGGUUCUUUUAAAAAUAAAGUAAAUUAAGCUUAAAAAUGAAUGAAUGAAUUUUGUUUCAAAAAUAAGUGGGUCUAAUAAGAAACAUUCUAGUAUUAUGUUUUAAUAUUUAUUAUUUUAUUUUAUUUUUACCUACAUAUUAAUAUAGCUGUAUGUACUGUUUGAGGCCUCUUUGAGCCUCCUUGAGAAAUAUUGUUGAAUAAACAAUAAUAAAAUCAUGAGUCUUGUAAUAUAAACAUAUCAAAGACGGGAUGGCUCCGCUAUUCGUUAUUCGGCACUCCAUCUGUAAGUAUCGCCCAAGGCCCCUCUAUUAUGGUGUGAGUCGAAUGGCCGAGCGGUUAGCAGGGGCGCCGAAACCUACUCCCAUAAUAUCGCCUAAGGUUCUGGUGGCAGAACAAGUAAGUCUUCGCGGAUAACGAUUAUAAACCGUAGGCCUAGUGUACACAAUUGCUCGUGUGCACUCUAAACUAUCAUUUUCGAGACGAGCUAUAGUGGGAUAACCCGUUGUGGUACAGACAACCCCUGUGGUGGACGAUGAGAGUUGCUGGUAUCGGGUUACCGGGUAGCCCCACGGAGGAAUUAAACUAGUUCCUCCAUGGUAGCACAGAUACGAAGGGACCCUUAAAGGAGCAGAAUGUCAUUGAUCGAGUUCCUGGCUAUACAUAUUAACAGUUUUGAUUUGUUGUAUGCCAGUUUAUACCAUAAUUUAUUAAUCUAACGCCUUGUCCAGACUAAAAAAGGUUCGAAACCUGAAGCAGGCCGGAGUGCCCGUCUCUCUUACUUUAGCGUUUGGGCCACUCCUCCCGCACUGCAGUCUUUUACCUUCCCAGCAUAUGCCGGUACCCAUUUAUACACCUGGGUGGAGAGAGACAAACGUAGAUAAAGUAUCUUGCCUAAGGACACAAGCGACUUGCACAGCGAGGGUUUCGAACCCCUGACCUCAAGGCUGAGUGUCCGAGCUACAACCGUUGCGCCAACCGUUUCUACAGACCAUCAAAUUUUAUUUGACAAAAACAUGUCACAUGUUUCUCUUCGCUUCUUUGCAAAUCCUUAGCUUCAAUACAUUGCAUAAUGUUGUGUAUUGAUUUUAUUAUUUUGUAUUUAUACAUGUAGGCCACAUCUAUUUAGAUUAUACCGCUAUUUCAUUUCAUUUUUAUUCAUUAUAAUUCUAUUAUUAUGAUUCGAUUCCUAUAGUAAACUCUUGCUAUGGUAAGUAUCGUUAUUUGCUAUUGCCAUCAGCUUAUAUAUAGACUACAAAAGUGUGCCAUUAUUUCACUGAUGAUGGUAAUUCUAUGUUCUAUUAGAUUUGGUGAAAUUCGGUACGAACAAAAUGCUACUAAUCAUGACGAAUUUAUUUUCGAAGUAACAUUACGUUUAACUGAUAUCGAAUGUCAGCGGCUCCAAGGUCUGCAGGCGUUCACAUUUCAUUUCUUGCAAAAGACUCGUAUCAACAUGUACCCAGGAGAUGAUGCAAGUAAAUGCUUUCUGCUGCUCUUUACCUGGACAUACACAGUCCAAGCGACCUGUCCAGAUUACAAUGGAGAAACGCCGAUUGCCAGAGAGCAUAUAUCUGACGGCACAUGGACAGGAGUACAUGUUGGGAAUCCGAUAACUUGUGACGGGUUUGUAACAGGUUGGCGGUUCUUUCCGACCAGGGCUGUAGAGUUUAUCGCUCUGGUGAUGCGCCCGUACGUCGCUGCUGACAACAAAUACGCUGUAGUUGGACGGACCAUAAUACCAGCGCAAGAAGUAUUGAAUCAGAUUCGCGAGUUUACGCUGCAGAAAUCGGAUUGGAUUCCCGUGCGAAGUGGCGACAGUAUCGGAAUCAAGUUCGAUGUAUCUCCGAUACCGUACGGUAAUAGCGAUACUCCGUUUUUAUUUACUACAUCGAUUAGUAAACAUGAAUUGUUAUUUGGAACUAUUCACACAUUCGAUCGGUUAUACAUGGAAACUUAUUCACUCCAGGCUGUGUUAAAAGAUUCGUAUUUACCAUGUCAUAUUAUUAAUUGGCCAUUAAUGAAGACGACGACUGACAUUGCAACUGCAUCAAGAAUUUGGAUGGAUGAUUGGAACAAGAUUAAGUGUCCUGGUACGAUCACUGGAUGGCGGUUUAUUGCAGGUGGACCUGGAGAUAUCAUCGCUCUAGUUUACAGAGCGGUGGACGCGGACAAUAACAUUUACGAAGUCGUUGGUAAAACAACAAUUCCGUCACCCGCAGACCGCGAUGUAGUUACAGAAUUCAAGCUCACAUAUCCUCAGCAAAUAGACGUCAUCCCAGGAGAUAAAAUCGGCGUAACCUAUACAGAUGCUGCGCUGUACGUACUUACGGUGACGUUCUCCGAUGUAGCAACCAUAUAUAAAUUUACCGAUAAACCCGAUACCGUUGAGAUUGGAACUCAAAUUACAUUUACAGAAUAUUUCAACCGAAGGUUCAUGUUUGACGCGGUUUUAGAUGCUGAAAAACCGAAUGAUGUACACCGGUCUACAUUGAUUGCAAACGAUCACAAACUUCAAAAUAAUAACAUUGCAAUUACAACGAGCAAAAGUAUGGGGACCUGUGUCAUUAAAUGCGUUGAGAACGAACAAUGUAAGUCAGUCAACUACAACCAGAAUCACAUGACAUGCGAACUUAAUGACGCUACAAGGGAAGAGGAUAAUGGAAACUUUGUAGCAGAGGAUGGCGAAAGAUACAUAGAAACGAGUCGUUCGAUAACGGUAAGCCGAUUGUGGUUGUAA